AUGUCUGAAGAAGAACAGGAUAAUGCCACAGGUGCAGCCCACACGCCGGAAGAAAAUCGUUUUACCGGUGAGUUACAACACAUCAGCAUUAGACCGCCUGCAUUCUGCAAGCAAAGGCCCGAGUUAUAUUUUAUCCAGAUGGAAUCCAAUUUUGCAAUUUCACAUGUAAAAAGCGAUGACACGAAGUAUCAUUAUGUGAUCAGUUCAUUAGAUGCGGAGGCGAUAAUGCAAAUUGCUGACAUUGUAAGCAACCCGCCGGCAGCAAAUAAAUACGAGGCAGUUAAAAAAGCACUGAUUGCUGAAUAUGCCGACUCUGAUCAGCGAAAAAUACGCAAGCUAAUUAAAGAAAGUGAACUCGGUGACUUAAAGCCUACACAACUGCUGAAACGGAUGAGAGAAUUGGCCAGGGAUAAACUUAGUGACGAUGUGCUAAAAUCGCUAUGGCUCGAACGGUUACCUGUUAAUGUACGUGCGGUGAUAUCAAUUGGCACUGGCGAUACAACAGACAUGGCACGACAAGCGGACCAGAUGAUGGAAAUGUUAAAUUUUUCGAAUGUAUCAGCCAUACGUGGCGAGCCUACACUCGGUAAGCAGAUACAACAGCUACAAGCUCAAAUAGACGAACUCAAUGUGUCUCGAGCACUACGCAAUCAGAGUAGAGGUACAAAAACUCGUGACAGAAGCCAGUCGCGUCCACGAUUUCCGUUCUGCAAAUAUCACUGGCGUUUUGGUGUGAAGGCAAAAAAAUGCUUCGAACCAUGCCAGUUCAAGAAACUAGACAUGACGGAAAACUGA